GCUGACACCAGCCUGGCGGGACGGAACGCAACGCGCCCGGAACCUUUGUGUCUGGCUGCGCUACCGGCGGCGGCUCCUUUCGCUCACUUCCGGUUCCGGGUGGCGGCCGCGUCCUGCAGGAGGGUCGGUCGGGCAGCGGGCAGGGAUGGCGCAUGGAGAUGAGCACGGACACGGCCACGGGCACGGGAAAAUGACACUGCCCGACUACAGGAUCUGGAAGGUGGAGGGCACCCCCCUGGAGGACGUCCAGAAGAGGUUGGCAAAACGGGGCCUGAGGGAUCCCUGGGCUCGUAAUGAAGCCUGGAGAUUUAUGGGUGGCUUUGCAAAACCCAUCACCUUACCAGAAGUUGUGGGGCGAGGAUUCAAGUGGGGAUUUGCAGCUUUUGUGGUAGCUCUGGGCAUUGAAUAUGCUCUGUUCCCUCCAAAGGAAGGAGGCCACCACUGAAGGUCAAACAGGGCAGCUGCCUGAUGCCCGAGCUGAAACCUCAGCCUCCUGCUCACUCUCUACUUCAAAUAUAUAUAUAUUAAAGUAUGUAUAAAUAUACAUAUUAAAGUAUCCAUCCCAGGCAAAACAA